AUGUCCUGCCUGCCAUCUUCAGCGACUUUCUUGGCUGUCCCGGAGUCGGAGCCCGCAGACCGCCACAGUGAUGUGGAAAGCACUGUGGCGGGCGAGCACAGCGACAUUGAAACCGUCACCGACUCCUGCCCUUCUGGAGUCUCAUCGCCGCGCUCCAGCAACACGGCUGACGUGUGGGAUGAUGAAGACGGCCAGUUCAACGUGGUUGUGAGGAGCACGUUCAUCAACGUGAAUCAUGGCCGAAGCCUCAUGCAACGCUUUAAACAGCUGCGUGCCGCAAUGACGGAUUCGAUCUUGAUGGGAGCCUUUGCCGACGAGGAGCCGUACUACCCAGGUAGCUUCAGCGAUGAACGCGCUGAGGCGCAGGAGGCUGUUAGCACACCUCCUGCGCCGGCAGCACCGGCAGAGCCGACGCCACAACCGGCAGAGGCGAGCAUGGACCAGGACUCCAAGCAUGCGACAGCCGAGCGCACCACACUCAUUCUGCGGAAUAUCCCGAACAAUUACAGCCGCGACAUGUUCCUGGCCAUGCUGGACGAGCACGGCUUUGCCGGUCGCUACGACUUCGUCUACCUGCCGCGCGACUUCCAGCGCAAGGCGAACCUCGGCUACGCCUUCGUGAACUUGGUGGAUGGCACGGCCGUGGACGCCUUGUGGCGGACCUUCGAUGGCUUCUCGGGCUGGGCCCUGCCCACGGCCAAGGUUUGCCAGGUGAGCUGGAGCGGCCUGCACCAGGGCUUGAAGGAGGGCCCGUGCAACGUGGUUGUGAGGAGCACGUUCAUCGAUGUGGAUGAUGGCCGAAGCCUGAUGCAGCGCUACAGGCAGCUGCGCCGAGCAAUGACUGAUUCGCUCUUGACAGGAGCCUUUACCGACGAGGAGCCGUACUACGCAGGCAGAUUCAGCGAUGAACGCGCUGAGGCGCAGGAGGCUGUUAGCGCACCUUCUGCGCCGGCAGCACCGGCAGAGACAGCACCGCAGCCCGCAGCGGGGACGGGCCGGGACGCCAAGCACGCAAGUGCCGAGCGCACCACCCUAAUGCUGCGGAAUGUCCCCAAUAAUUACAAUCGCGACAUGUUCCUGGCCAUGCUGGACGAGCACGGCUUUGCCGGUCGCUAUGACUUCGUCUACCUGCCCUGCGACUUCUACCGCCAGGCAAACCUCGGCUACGCCUUCGUGAACUUGGUGGAUGGCGCGGCCGUGGACGCCUUGUGGCGGACCUUCGAUGGCUUCUCGGGGUGGGCCCUGCCCACGGCCAAGGUUUGCCAAGUGAGCUGGAGUGGCCCGCAUCAGGGCUUCAAGGCACAUGUGGAGCGCUACAGGAACAGCCCUGUGAUGCAUCGAAGUGUGCCGGACGAGUACAAGCCUGUCAUCUUCAAGAACGGCGUGCGCAAGAACUUCCCACGACCAACUAAGAAGGUCAAAGCACCGACUGCAGGCUUCUGA